UAAUGAUCCCAACUCCUUACUCUAGAGCACACGCAAAUGAAAAUGGAUGCAAUGAACACUACUGACACCCCCCCAAGCGCCUUCAACUACAUCCUCAGCUUCCUCCUCGUCGGCGUCGCGUGGGGUUUUACAACACCCUUCAUCCGGCGCGCUGCGGUCGAUUUCAAUGCGCGCAACGAGCAGAAAACAGCACAGCAGCAGACGGCGGGGGAGGAUGUCGCCCCUAGCUCUAGCUCUGGUUCAUGGGUGACGAGAAAGGUUCUCUCGCUGUGCCGGACUGUUGUGAAUCUCCUGCAGAUGCCGGGGUAUACGGUGCCGCUGCUGAUGAAUCUGACGGGGAGUGUGUGGUUUUUUCUGUUGGUUGGGAGGCAUGAACUAAGUCUCACCGUCCCCAUCACAAACUCAAUGGCCUUCCUCUUCACCGUGCUUGGCGAGUGGUAUGUUGAAGGCAAGGUGAUAUCCAAGUCAACGUGGCUCGGUAUGGUUAUGGUGCUGGGUGGGAUUGCGCUGUGUGUCCAUUCCAAGAUGCAGUGAUAUCCACCAAAUAUCAUUCAUUUAUUCAUUUAUUGCCAUACUCUAUGCUCUUUUUGGUGGGUUUUGAGUGUACAGUAUACUGUAUUGUUUCAUUGUGUUUCUAAAACUAAUUGUCUAGUUAUCAUUAAUACUGUUUUCAUUCUCAGCCAUCAUUAAUCUAUCUACAGCAGUAUUUGAUGAAAUAAUACAAACAUAUUCUUUACAUAUACACAUA